AUUAAAAUAAUAGUAUAACACCGAUGCGCCGGUGACGCGUGUACUGCGGCUCGGCCAGCGGUGAUAGAAUAUUAUUCACGGUCGCAUCGGCAGGUGCACUCGCGCUCGUGGUCCAUCUUCAGUGCAUCGUCGGUAUUAUUUUCUCACGACAAAAGCACGUCCCGGUAAACCGUUUGCCGUCCGUCCUUCCGUCCGAUUUUCCGGCUGUACGCUACAAGAUGGGUGAUCGACCCACCGACGAGGCCACGUGGUCGUCCCGCACGGAUUACCUGGACGCGGUCGUGUUCCCGCGGGCCGCGGCCGAGGGCGCGUUCGGGCCGGGCGCCGUUUACGCGUCGUUCCGCGCGGACGACCGGGACGGCGCGGCGGCGGCCGGCGACCAGUUCAUGUCCGACAUCGUUUUCGGCACCGUCACGCUGACCGGAGCCGCCGAGCGGCCGGCGGGCGGCGGCGUGCCCGUCGUGGUCAAGUUCAAGAACGCGGACGCCCGCAUGUCGGCCAUGAUGAACAUGCACGAAAAGUUCUACAACGAGUACGUGUUCUACGCCCGUCUGCUGCCCGCGCUCGCCGCGUCCGCCGCCGACCCGGCCGCCGCGUUCGCGUUGUUCCCGCGGUUCUUGUACUCGAACGCGACCCCGGACGGCGGCGCGGCCGACGGACAUCAUCAGGUGAUCGUCCUGGCCAGCGUGGCGCCCGACGGUUAUCGCGCGGCCGACGAACGGGUGUUCCUGGACGCCGAACACGUGCUGCUGGCGCUCCGCAAGUUGGGCGCCCUGCACGGGCUGUCGUACAACGCCAAGGCCGGCGGCGCGGGGACAUCGUUCGCUGACCUCUGCACCUCCGCCCUGGUCGAGACCCAAUGGUACGACGGACACUGGUACAAGAGUCCGCGUUUCUUGUCAGGAACCGGUGGUCGGGGCGUGAAUGCGUUAAGGAAAUCGGACAAGAGUGGCCAGUACGAGCGUGCUGUGGACAGGAUGCGGGCCGCGCUGAACGGCGAGAGCACGACGAUGGCCGGGCUGCUGCGGCCGGUCGAGCCGCUGGCCGUGUUGUGCCACGGCGACUUUUGCCGCAACAACCUGCUGUACAGGUACGACCCGGCCACCGGGCGGCCCGCGGACGUGGUCGUGCUGGACCCGGCGCAGGCGCGGUACGCGUCGCCGGCCGUCGACCUGUCGUUCUUCCUGUACAUGAACACGACGGACGCCGACCGGACGGCGCACUGGGACCGGUACGUGGCCGCCUACCUGGACGGCGUCGCGGACGUGACGCCCGACGGCCGCCCCUUGCCGCUGACCGCCGCCGACGUGCACGCCGAGAUGCGCGCGCACGGGCUGUACGGUUACGCGCACUGUUCGUUCUUCUUGCCGGCCAUGGUGAACGCCGAGCCGCCCGACGUGCAACGGCUUACCACGUGCACGGCCGACGAGCGCAUCGAGCUCAUCAACGAGUCCGGCGGACAGCAUGCCGACGACCUGCUCGCGUCCAUCGUCAGACACAUGGCUGACCGCGGUUACGCCUGACGACGGGCCGACGAUCACCGACGACGACGACGACGACGAGAGGGAUGCGAAAUGAAACCUCUCGGGCAACUGCCGAGUAGUCGAAAAGCUAUUAUACGGAAAACAAUUUUAAUAUAUAUAUUUUUUAUUAUUAUUAUUAUCACUACGCAUCAUAUUAUCAAAAUAAAAACGAUUAUAAAAAACAUUACCACUCGA